AUGGCAAAAGGUGAUUAUUGUGCAGUUCAUGGCUGUUCAAACGAUCGCAGAUACCCGGAAAAACAAAUGAUCAAACCACAUGUUGGUAUUCUUAGAUUUUACUUACCAAAAACUCAGAAAGAUAUCGUAAAAUGGAGAAAAUUGCUCAAUCGUAAGCACUUCAAAGUCACGUCAAAUACGAAGGUUUGUUCGAACCACUUUCAAGCAGGUUACCGAUCCGAGGAAUGCCCCGAUCCAAAGCUUUAUCUAAAAGGUUAUUGUCCUGAUAAACAGAAGAAAACCCGUCCAAACCCGGAAAGUUUGGCUCCUAAACCUAAAAGACAACGUCGAAGUAACAUUUGCUUGUCAGAUUCCUAUUCAGACUAUUCAGAAUUUGAUGUAUCGCAUGCUAAAUCACAGUCAGUAUCAACCCUAUCUAAGGAAAUUUAUUGCAGUCAUAUCCAUAAUAACGUGAAGAAAGAACCAGAAGACGAUUUUAGCGAGUCGAGCAGUAGUUUUUCAUCACUGUUUUUUAAUGGUUCAGAUGAAAUAUCAAAUGAUUAUGACACAUCAGUUGAAAUAGAUGUAUCUGAGGAGAAUGGAAAGAAAUCUCGAAGAGAACUGUUCGUCAAGCAGGCUACAUCUAAUAGGAACUGUUUUAGAUACACAGGGGUCACUAGAGAAAAUCUGGACUUAGUGUUUGAUUUGAUAAAGGGAAAGACAAAGUCUUUACGCUAUUGGAAAGGAUCUGUUGAUACACCAGGUUCAAGAAGGGAAAAGAGACGGGCCCAAACCAGACUCUUGUCAUGCUGGGUGGAGUUUGUUCUUACAUUAGUAAGAACACGAAAGGGUUUUGAUGUUCACUUUCUUGCUGACACGUUUGGAAUCAGUGUGAUCCAGGUGUCUCGUAUUUAUAAUACCUGGAUUAUCUUCCUAUCAGAAGAGUUAUCAUUCCUUGUUCCCAGGCCAAGUCGAGGUGAGAUAAAAAGUGUAUUACCAGAACAGUUCCAAAGAAUUCCUAACAUUCGGGUGAUCAUUGAUUGUUGUGAAUUUUACAUUCAAAAGCCAUUGGUUCCUUAA